AUGGGAUUUUCCUCCCGAUUUCUCCGCAUUCCGCGGCCAGAGUCUUUUCUUUAUGUGAUGAGCCUAGAGACCGGUGCCUCCCUCAUCACCCUGUCCCUAUUGUUGAAUAAAAUUAGUGGCUUCUAUGGACUCCUCGCCCUGUUCACUGGCUACCAUCUAUCGCCUGUGCAACUGUCCAUGUACCUGUGGUCUUUGAUUGCCCUAGGACUCGCCGUCGCUCUCUUCCCUCACAUCCGCAAGCAAACGCCGCUCCAGUGUCUCGCUCUCGCCUACCUGUAUGUGUUCGAUAGUUUGAUCAACGCGGCAUACACCGCCGCCUUCGGAGUGACCUGGUUCUUGGUGGUGUCGCAACAUUACGACAGUGGCAAGGCAGUCGGUCCAGGAGGCGACACCAUCGCGCAGACCGCCGGAUUCACCAGUCCCAAGUACGAUGCCGCCUAUGUCGAAAUCCAGAACACGAAAGAAGGCAACAAUUUUAUCGCGCAUCCCCCACGCUCCGAUGACCUCAGUAAUGUUGUGCUUCAACCCGAAAGUCUGCAAAGCAUCAUUUUCAUCUCUCUCCUGUGGGCGAUCCGGGUGUACUUUGUGCUCGUGAUGCUGGCGUUCGCACGCCAGGCCCUCCGCCUCUGGGUCGCCAUUCCCCGACACACUCAACUCCCCACUCACAGCCGCAACGUCUCAGUCGCCAGUGUCGCCGAUAUCGACCGGGAGCCCUUCUCUCCAUACAGCCCCGACGGACAAGGAUGGGAAGGCAAAGUGGGCCGAAUCAUGAUUGGCAUUGGACACAGCUACUGGCUGGGUGAAGAAGAAAAUGGCAACUGGCUCAGCGGCAUCAACCACAAGUUCCGCAACCGCUCUAACAACACCGAGCUCCCCGGUGCGCUGGAGCGCGAGAGGAGACGUCGAUCUGGCACUGGCCCUCCCCAACCCUCGCCUUCUCUCGUUCGGCCUACCGUUCUCCACCAGCCGAUUCCCGAACAUGGCACAAAUGUCAAGAUGCAGGAUUGGACUGCCCCUCGAUAA